CCCACUGGACCACAGCCGAGCAACCACACCCGCAAACCGCCCCCAGCACCUGGCCAAGAACCGGGGCCUCCUUGUCUCGCCUCGCCGCCGGCCGGCCGGCCGGCUGGCUGCUUUGGAGAGAAGCGAGCCUCUUGCCCUAUUCCUGCUCGGCCGCGGGUUGCUCGGCCGGCGAGCUCAAGCCCCAAGGUCAGUCAGUACGGCUACGUGCCAUCACCACGUAUAUGUCAUUUGAAGAAAUCUGUGCUUCAAGUUCAGUAGAGGAGAAUGAGGCUGGUGUGUGUAAAUGGCCUGAGAUUCAGGCACCUCAGGCUUGCGUUCCUCGCCAUCUUUGCGGUGUUUCUUCUUUGGAAAUGGGAUAAGGGAUCACUGUACAGUCCUGGUAUCCUCCGACCGGAGCCAUUGGUCUUGAAUCGGAAUACCUCCAUGGAGGAAGACCCCCCCAUCAUCGAUCCAUUGGUGCAGUCGGUCACUGAAGUAGGAAAGGAAGGCAUUUCUGCACCUCCACCUCUGUCCAUAGUUCAUAACUCUGAAGAUGUCGCUGAUAACGCGGGAACAGCACCUCCUCAGAAGAAAGAAUGUGACUACAGGAAUGGAGAAUGGGUUCCUGAUAACCACAGGCCACUGUAUUCUGGCCCCAGAUGUAAAAGAUGGCUCUCUGAGAGCUGGAACUGCAGAUUGACACAACGCACAGAUUUCGCUUACGAGAAAUUUAGAUGGCAGCCUGAAGGCUGCGAUAUGCCAGCGUUUCAAGCUGCCCAAUUCUUGACAAGAAUGCAGGAUAAAACCAUUGCUUAUGUAGGCGACUCUUUAGGGAGGCAGAUGUUCCAGUCGAUGAUGUGCAUGCUUGCGGCAUCUGGGAAACAUGAUUCAGAUGUGGAAGAUGUUGGCUCCAAGUACGGAAUGGCCCAGACACAUCGUGCAAAACGACCAACACGGUCAGUAGGCUCGGCCUACCGGUUCCGGAGCACAAACACGACCGUCCUGUAUUACUGGUCAUCGACGCUCUGCGAUCUGGAGCCUCUCAGGCGAUCAAAUCCAGCUGCCGGUUACGCCAUGCACCUUGAUCGCCCACCUUCGUUUCUCAAGAAGAACCUUCACAGGCUCCACGUCCUUGUUCUGAACACCGGGCAUCACUGGAACAGGGGUAAGCUGAAGGCGAACAAGUGGGAAAUGUACGCCUCAGGAGCACCGAAUAACAACCGAGAGAUCGCCAGCAUGUGGAAGGCGAAAAACUUCACUAUACAUGGUGUUAUUAAGUGGCUAGAUGCCCAGCUUCCUAGAUAUCCCCACCUGAAGGUAUUCUACAGAUCACUGUCACCAAGGCAUUUCUUCAAUGGGGAGUGGAACACCGGAGGCACUUGCAACAACAAAGAUCCUUUGGCCAAGGGUAACAGGGUGUUUCAGAAUCAUUCCGAAGAUGCCGACAGCGAAGGAGCGGCAAAAGGCACUAGGAUCAAGCUCUUGGAUAUCACCGCGCUUUCACGGCUACGCGACGAAGGGCACAUAUCAAAGUACAGUAUCAGAGCUACACCAGGGGUCCAAGAUUGCUUGCACUGGUGCCUUCCUGGUGUUCCAGACACAUGGAAUGAAAUACUGUCCGCUCAACUGUAGGCCCUUGGCUGCUGUCAGGGCAGGCUCAGAGGUUUACAUUCAUCUUAGCCCGUCUUUAGAAGCUUUGCUCAUCGUAAGUUAUGAUCAGCUAGCGAAGGGCUCUUUCCAUCAUGAACGGAGUACAGUUCAUGAACUUUACUUGUAACACUUGUUAUGCCGGUAUACAGUUCAAAAACAUUCUUUUCAAGACCAUGAAACACUGUUAUA